AUGUCCGGUGCACUUUGGUCUCUCGUUGGCAAAAGAGUGCUAGCAGAGUCCGCAAGGAAUCAUUUUGGGACUGAGGACCCCUACUUUGAGGAAAUACCGGCUUCGCGCAUCGGUCGUGCCUUCGGAAAGAAAACCCAGAAGCGCCGCAAGGCCAUCCCACCGGGCUUGUCAGAAAAAGAUGCCAAGAUCCUGACACAGGUCAAGCGCAGAGCCUGGCGACUUGACUACUGUCUUUUCAACUUGUGCGGAAUCCGGUUCGGUUGGGGCAGUGUGAUUGGUCUUGUUCCCUUUAUCGGUGAUGUCGGUGAUGCCGCAUUCGCUAUGAUGGUCGUGCGGAACUGCGAAGAGAUCGACGGCGGUCUUCCGGCGCAUCUCCGGAUGAAGAUGGUGAUCAAUGUGAUAAUCGACUUCAUCAUUGGUCUCGUUCCCUUCCUGGGCGACCUCGCAGAUGCCGUGUACAAAUGCAAUACCCGAAACGCCGUUAUCCUCGAACACCACCUGCGCUCCAAGGGCGCAAAAGUGAUCUCAAAACAAAGCAAACAACAAGAGCGAGCAGUCGACCAUAGUCUUCCGGACGAGUUUGAUAGGCAGGAAAGUGGUGUCGUGGGCAAUCAUCCGCCGGCGUACGAGAACCAGGGACCCUCGGGAAAUCGGCAUGCAGAUAAUGUUGGCGCCCAACCAACCAAGCCUCAACCUGUGAAGCAACCCCGAACUAACAGUUCCAUUGGCAGGUGGUUUGGCGGGGCGAGACAUCCAAACGAGUGUUUGGAGCGGGGUGAAGUGUGA